AUGCGAACCCCAAAUCGGGGUAUGAUUUUUGCUCCCAGCUCUUCUCGCCGGCCGGAGGAUGUGACUCGAAAAAAGCCUUCGGUUUCAAUUCACCCAGACAUGCAUACCCCCAUCGACUUUGUUUUGACCCCAUCGGCUACAUGUUAUGCUGGGUUUUGCGUCAAGGCACUAGACGACGUGUUAACUCCUUCAGAGCCUCAGAGCCGGAGAGGAUCAGCAAACCGAUUUUCGAAGAAAAUCUACGAACGGCUGAAGCCCUUAGGGGAGGAGAUUGCAAUCAUUGAACUCAAAGAUUCUUGGGCUUCUAUCACUGGGAAAGUGGGACGGAAGCAGGUCCAACGUGGCUACUGGACAGUGUCCAUCGUCCUCCGAAGAGGAUGCAGGAAGUCAGAACAACACGGUCUGUGA